GCUCUAGUUGCAGAUCUUCUAGAUCUGAUGCUUCUCUUUUUCCUCACUUUUAGGUUUUAUUUAUUUCUUGUUGCCAGAUUACUUGUUCCUCGUACUUGUGUUUCAAUAUGAAUCUUCUGCUUUCGCUGCUUCCGGAUUUGUAUUUUAGUUUCAAACUCCACCAAUCUUCGUUGUAUGUAUUGUUGAUGUAAACCCAAACUGGUGGUUUUAUUUUAGGUUUAGUAAUACGAUGGUUUAAGGCUACCUGGCCUGAGUUACCGCCAAUUCGUCAUCUCCUGUUGCUAUCGAACACGUGGGACGCCCCAGUACUGAAGAACACAAAGCCUAACAAUGAGUGUAGUUGGUUUUGAUUUUGGAAACGAGAAUUGCCUUGUUGCUGUUGCAAGGCAAAGAGGUAUCGACGUCGUGCUUAAUGAUGAGUCAAAUCGCGAGACUCCGGCUAUCGUUUGCUUUGGUGACAAGCAGCGCUUCAUCGGUACUGCUGGAGCUGCUUCUACCAUGAUGAACCCCAAAAACUCCAUCUCACAAAUCAAGCGCUUAAUUGGUCGCCAGUUUUCCGACCCUGAGCUUCAAAGGGAUAUCAAAUCCCUUCCCUUUUCUGUCACUGAAGGCCCUGAUGGCUAUCCUUUGAUCCAUGCUAAUUAUUUGGGAGAGAUUAGAGCCUUUACCCCGACUCAGGUCAUGGGUAUGAUGUUGUCCAACUUGAAAGGUAUUGCUGAGAAGAAUUUGAAUACAGCUGUGGUCGACUGCUGUAUUGGUAUUCCUGUUUACUUUACCGACCUCCAGCGUAGGGCUGUUCUCGAUGCUGCCACAAUUGCAGGCUUGCAUCCCUUGCACUUGAUCCAUGAGACUACAGCUACGGCUUUGGCAUACGGAAUUUAUAAGACAGAUCUGCCAGAGAAUGACCAGCUCAAUGUUGCAUUCAUUGACAUUGGACACGCAAGCAUGCAAGUCUGUAUUGCAGGCUUCAAAAAAGGACAGCUCAAAAUCUUGUCUCACGCUUUCGAUCGCUCCCUUGGGGGAAGGGAUUUUGAUGAAGUUCUUUUCAAUCAUUUUGCUGCUAAGUUCAAGGACGAGUACAAGAUUGACGUCUCCCAGAAUGCUAAGGCUUCUCUCAGGCUCCGCGCUACAUGCGAGAAACUGAAAAAGGUUCUAAGCGCUAAUCCUAUGGCACCAUUGAAUAUCGAGUGUUUGAUGGCUGAGAAAGAUGUUAGGGGUGUCAUCAAGAGGGAAGAGUUUGAAGAGAUCAGCAUCCCGAUUUUGGAGCGUGUUAAGAGGCCUUUAGAGAAAGCUCUCUCUGAUGCGGGCCUCACUGUUGAAGAUGUACAUAUGGUCGAGGUUGUCGGCUCUGGCUCUCGUGUCCCUGCUAUGAUCAAGAUUCUAACUGAGUUUUUUGGUAAGGAGCCCAGGCGUACAAUGAAUGCAAGUGAGUGUGUGUCGAGGGGAUGUGCCUUGCAGUGUGCCAUUCUCAGUCCGACCUUUAAAGUUCGCGAAUUCCAGGUUCAUGAGAGCUUCCCUUUCUCAAUAUCGCUUGCUUGGAAAGGAGCAGCGACUGAUGCUCAAAAUGGAGGCACUGAGAACCAGCAGAGCACUAUUGUUUUUCCGAAAGGAAAUCCUAUUCCUAGUGUCAAGGCUCUAACAUUUUAUCGUUCUGGAACAUUCUCUAUUGAUGUGCAGUACAGUGAUGUGAACGAUUUGCAAGCACCUCCUAAAAUCAGCACAUACACGAUUGGUCCCUUCCAGUCAUCAAAAGGCGAGAGGGCAAAGCUGAAAGUGAAAGUUAGAUUGAACCUGCAUGGAAUUGUCUCUGUUGAAUCAGCAACUCUUUUGGAAGAGGAAGAAGUUGAAGUAUCGGUCACAAAAGAUCAAUCAGAGGAAACUGCUAAGAUGGACACUGACAAAGCUUCUGCCGAGGCAGCUCCUGCUUCUGGUGACUCUGAUGUUAACAUGCAGGACGCCAAAGAUACCAGUGAUGCAACUGGUACUGACAAUGGUGUUCCAGAGUCUGCUGAGAAGCCGGUGCAAAUGGAAACUGAUUCAAAGGCUAAGGCUCCAAAGAAGAAGGUGAAGAAAACAAAUGUACCACUGUCAGAAUUGGUCUAUGGUGCCUUGAAAACUGUGGAAGUUGAAAAGGCAGUGGAGAAGGAAUUUGAGAUGGCUCUGCAAGACAGAGUUAUGGAAGAGACCAAGGACCGGAAGAAUGCUGUUGAGUCUUAUGUUUAUGAUAUGCGAAACAAACUGAGUGACAAAUACCAGAAUAUAUCACUGACUCGGAGAGGGAAGCAUUCCUGGCGAAUCUGCAGGAAGUUGAGGAUUGGUUGUAUGAAGAUGGGGAAGAUGAGACCAAAGGUGUUUAUGUUGCAAAGCUCGAGGAGCUCAAGAAGGUGGGUGACCCUGUUGAAGUGCGUUACAAGGAGUCGUUGGAAAGAGGGUCGGUCAUUGAUCAGCUUGGCUACUGUAUUAACAGCUACAGAGAGGCAGCUGUGUCUAAUGAUCCCAAGUUUGAUCACAUUGAAUUGGCAGAGAAGCAAAAGGUUUUGA